CUCAACGUUGUCGCUUUCGGGCAUGGACGGGCGAUAAUUUUGUAAACUGAAGUGACACCUUGACAGUUUUGUGAGGUUUCGGCCUGAAUUUAUACUUGAAGAUCUUCAAAUUCCGCACUGAUGGCGGCUCCUAAAGUGAAUCGGGUCCAGGACCUUUCCAAACUAGAUAUCUCAAAAUUAACAGCUUUAUCUCCUGAAGUGAUAAGUAAACAAGCCACCAUCAAUAUCGGUACAAUUGGUCAUGUAGCCCAUGGUAAAUCAACUGUGGUGAAGGCCGUGUCAGGUGUACAAACUGUCCGUUUCAAGAAUGAAUUAGAAAGGAAUAUCACCAUUAAGCUAGGUUAUGCCAACGCAAAAAUUUACAAAUGUGAUAACCCCAAGUGUCCGCGUCCUGUCUGCUACAUUUCUGGAGGCUCUUCAAAAGAUGACACAUUUCCAUGUUUGCGGCCAAACUGCAGUGGACACUUUCAGAUCAUUCGCCAUGUCUCCUUUGUGGAUUGCCCUGGUCACGACAUUCUUAUGGCAACCAUGUUGAACGGAGCCGCUGUCAUGGAUGCAGCUUUAUUGUUAAUAGCGGGCAAUGAAUCGUGUCCACAGCCUCAAACUUCAGAACAUUUAGCCGCCAUCGAAAUCAUGAAACUAAAACACAUCAUCAUCCUGCAAAACAAAAUAGAUCUUGUAAAAGAGGGGCAGGCUAAAGAGCAAUAUGAACAAAUCUUAAAGUUUGUCCAAGGCACAGUCGCAGAAGGAGCUCCUGUGAUACCGAUUUCUGCUCAGCUGAAAUACAACAUCGAGGUCUUGUGUGAGUACAUCUCUAAAAAAAUCCCGAUUCCAACAAGAGAUUUCAUGUCCCCACCACGUCUGAUAGUCAUUCGGUCUUUUGAUGUGAACAAGCCUGGUUGUGAGGUUGACGAUCUUAAAGGUGGUGUUGCUGGUGGAAGUAUUCUCAGAGGUGUACUAACGGUCGGCAUGGAGAUUGAAGUGAGACCUGGUUUAGUCUCAAAAGACAGUGAAGGCAAACUCACGUGUAAACCCAUCUUCUCCAGAAUAGUCUCUCUUUAUGCUGAACAGAAUGAACUCCAGUUUGCUGUCCCUGGUGGCCUCAUUGGUGUUGGCACAAAAAUCGAACCAACGCUAUGCCGUGCUGAUCGUUUGGUUGGACAAGUAUUAGGUGCCGUUGGAGCCCUGCCAAAAAUAUUCAUUGAGCUAGAAGUCUCAUAUUAUUUGCUAAAGCGUCUACUUGGAGUCAGAAUGGAAGGAGACAAGAAGGGAGCCAGGGUCCAAAAAUUAUCGAGGAACGAAGUGCUUUUAGUGAACAUUGGCUCUCUGUCGACUGGUGGUCGUGUAAUAGCGACAAAACUUGAUUUAGCCAAAAUUAGCUUAACAAAUCCUGUUUGCACAGAGAUGGGAGAAAAGAUCGCUCUCAGUCGGCGUGUUGAAAAACAUUGGCGGUUAAUCGGCUGGGGUCAGAUCCGAGGAGGGGUGACGAUUGAACCGACCGUCUAAGUCAAGAGAUACUGGUCACCACACUAUUGGUAUUUCCUUAUGAUAGCUCUGGAUUGUAUUUUUUGUACAGUUUGGUACGUUAAAAUAAAUAAAGUUAAAAUUUUACUCAA